UGUAGUCAAGGGUCUCUCAAAAGAAAGGACUAGCUUAGCUUGAAGAAUUGAAGACCUUCAAUAACUUUGAGCUUUAUUAAUUAAUUAGCUAAGAAAAAACCAACCAGGUUUUCUCUCUUUUCUCUUUCCGUAUUCUUCUUCUUCUUCUUCUUCUUCUUCUUGAUCUCAAAAUUUAAUUAACUAGAAGCAAUUAAAGUGUUAAAGCAACUACUACUCUAUCUAUAUGUCAACAAGAUAUUAUUGAAGAAACAAGGACACAUGCUCAUUUGUGGUGGAGAACUGUUCCAUAGAAAAAGAGAUCUUCAAAUAAUUGAAGAAGCUAUAUCAACUUCUUCGUCGUCCUCCUCCUUCUUCUUCUCGUGUUUUUGUAUCAACAACAAUAACAGUACAAAUUGUGAGUCGCCGCCAUGAAUAAUAAUAAGAUAAGCAACUUGAGCUCCGUGAGUAGCUCCGAUCUCAUAGAUGCCAAGCUUGAAGAGCAUCAGUUGUGUGGAGGAUCCAAGCAGUGCCCCGGUUGCGGCCACAAGUUUGAAUCCAAACCGGAUUGGCUAGGUUUACCAGCAGGAGUGAAGUUUGAUCCAACAGAUCAAGAACUAAUAGAGCAUCUUGAAGCCAAAGUGGAGUCAAAGAACAUGAAAUCACACCCUUUGAUAGAUGAAUUCAUUCCCACCAUUGAAGGUGAAGAUGGGAUUUGUUACACCCAUCCUGAGAAACUUCCAGGAGUAACAAGAGAUGGAUUAAGUAAACACUUCUUCCAUAGGCCUUCAAAGGCAUACACAACAGGAACAAGAAAGAGGAGAAAGAUUCAAAAUGAGUGUGACUUGCAAGGUGGAGAAACAAGGUGGCAUAAGACCGGUAAAACAAGACCGGUCAUGGUUAACGGAAAACAGAAGGGUUGCAAGAAGAUUUUGGUACUCUACACUAACUUCGGCAAGAAUCGGAAGCCGGAGAAGACGAAUUGGGUGAUGCAUCAAUACCAUUUGGGGCAGCAUGAGGAGGAGAAAGAAGGAGAGCUUGUUGUGUCCAAGAUAUUCUACCAAACUCAGCCUAGGCAGUGUAAUUGGUCGUCCGAUCGGAGCGCCACCACCACCAUCGCUACGGCCGAAGGGAGUGGAGAGCCAUUACAAAAUAGUAGAAGGGAUAGCGGGAGUGGAAGUUGUUCUUCUAAGGAAAUUAACAUCGGUCAUAGGGAUGAGAUGUCUGCUGUGGUUGGAGUUACUAAUACUCCAAUCACGAGCUUCGCUCAUCCCUUGGACAUUCAUCAUCACCUCAAAUCGGAUCAUUUUAGCUUCAUCCCAUUUAGAAAAAGCUUUGAUGAGGUUGGAAUAGGAGAGGCUUCAACAGCAAGAGAAGUUCAAGCAUCAGGGUCAUGUGAUGAAGUAGUGCAUGAACAUGUAAAUCAUCAUCAUCAUCAACAACAACAACAACAACAUCAUCAUCAAAUUGCAACAUCGGCAUUCCAUAUAAGUAGGCCUUCACAUCCAAUCUCUACCUUGAUAUCUCCACCACCACUUCACCACACAUCCAUCAUCUUAGACGAUAAUUCCUACCAAGUCUCCAGAAUAAUGCUCCAAAAUGAACAUUUCCAGCAACAACAACAACAACAUCAACACCAUCAUCAUAAAAUUGGAGCAAGGUCUGCGUCUGGUUUGGAGGAACUCAUCAUGGGGUGCACUUCUUCUGAUAUCAAAGAGGAGUCAUCCAUCACAAACCCACAAGAAGCUGAAUGGUUGAAAUACUCUUCCUAUUGGCCAGACCCUGACAACCCGGAUCAUCAUGGGUAGAACAAAGAGUCAAUCAAUUUUUAAAAAAAAAAAAAGAAAAAAGGGAGAAGAAAGAGAGAAUAAACAAAACCACAGAGACACCAUCAUUGUCAUCAUCAUUAAUGCUUGAAGCCUCCCUUAAGUUUCCUUUCAACAAGAAAAGGACAAGGAAAUCAUCAUCCAAAUAGUUUUCUUUUUUUUCCUUUUUUUUUAAAUUAUAUUUUUUUUCUCUUUUUCUUUCUUUUCCAAUGAGGCCUGUUUAUAAUUAUAACAGUGUUUUACACUGGACAAGCUGGAAAGAAAAGGAGAGAAAAAAAAAAAAAACAGAAAGAACAAAGAGGAAAAGGAAAGAAAAUCAAAGAAGAGAAAAGAAAAGAAACACCAAGAAAAGCUGCUCUUAGUUCUGACAAGAACAUAUAGAGAGGAACAAAGAACCAAAGAUGCAUAAAAAUCAUCACUAUUUUGAUUACAAUAUAUAUAUAUAUAUAUAUCCCCUACCUAGUAUUCAUAUUAUUAUUUUAUUAUUUCUAUAAAUGUUUGUACAAUUUAUUUUUCACUUUUCUCUCUUUUCUUAUUUUUAAUUUAUAAUAGAAAUAUAUAGCAAUGAGUUUGUGCAAACUGCAAACCACCUUGUUACUUGUGCUUUGGU